GUUUUUUUGUGUCUUAUUUUUCGAAAGCGAAAACGUGCCCUUCGAUAGGUGCCCGCCGUCGCACGGUCUCUUUCGUUGUGCGUGUGUGUGUUGUCACGCAUCUGCACCGGGCUGCGGCGCUCGUCUCUGCGGAACGCAGUGCGGCAGCGUCGUGUCGGAGGCACAUCGAGAAAAGAAGCAGGAAGAAGCUGGAGGGGAUCGUCAAGCUUUAGAAAAGAAAAAAAGAAACGUAUUUCCUGUUUCGUCCGGCGAGGCGUUCACCAGGUCCAUCAACAAGACCCGGACGGAAGGUUCCGCAGCGGACGCACACGCCCCGAUUCCACCUCGCCAAGAAGAAACGGAACCAACGGCAACAAGAAUGGACAAAAAGCUCGCGUUGUCUCAACUGCGACAGUCCCGCUUCGUGUACGAGCGUGGGCUCGUCCGCCAAGACGCGGAGCGACGCACAAAGCUGCACAGGUUUCUAGAUCAGCACAAACACGCCAGUCAAUGGUCCGCGUCGGUGGCGGCGCUGGAGGACGCGGUGCGCCACGGUGUCUCCCCGAAUGACGCCGCUGUGUGCCGGGCGAUGCAGCAGUGCGGCCAAGCGGGUCAGCUGAAGGCGGCGAAGCGCCUAUACACAGACCUGUAUCGGCGCAUCGGUCGCCCACGCCCUUUGGCAGCGCACGUCGCGUUCAUGUCCGCCUGUGCAGAUGCCGGGGACUUCGAUGAGGCUCACCGGCAACUCUGCGCGCUGCGCAGCCGUGACGUGGCGCUGCACGCUAAAAGCGCGAGCCACAAGCCCGUCGUGAACGAUGACGUGACAACGGAAUACCUGCGGGCGGCGCUGUGUGCGUCGCUCGUUCGCGGAGGCGAGAACAGCGGUGGCGCCUCGAGGGGUGACAGCGCGAGUGUGCGUAUUCCUGUCGGAGAGGCAGCGGUGGGUGCGUCCGCGGCGUCCGCGGCGGGUGAGCGUUUCACUCCGAAGGAAUCGGACCGUGGGCCUGCGGAGGAGCACACGACCGGUGCAGAUGGCGGCGGUAGGAGGAGUGACGCUAGCCGGCGCGACAGCGCCUGGAGCGGCGACCAUACCGUAGCGUCGGCUGCACCGUGGCAAGUCGCGUUGGAGAGCUUCCUCGCUCUCCGGAAAGAUACGCAGGUUUUCCGGCCCAGCAACGAACUUACCCCCCUUCUGCUCGAGCACGCAACCCAGCUGGCCUGCGUCGGGCGGCAAUGGAAGCUGUGCCUUGCGAUCCUUCGCGGGGCAGAGGCGGAGCAGGCGCUGAUCCCGCCAGAGGCCUACGAUGCCGCCAUCCGCGCCUGCUUUCAAGCGCAAAGACACAGCGAUGUGGUGCAGCUCAUGGAGCAGCUCAUGGCCACCCGAGUCGCACCGGAUGAACGCAGCGUGCGCCUUGCCCUUAUCUCGUCCGAGGAGAUCUCCGCGGUAGAGCGUCAAAGCCAGCCGAUAGCGUCCUCCCCGUCUCCAAAUUCUUCCUCUUCACCCGCAGUGGGGGGCUCGUCGGGCGGAUGGUCGAUGGCCCUCACGCUCUUUCACGCUCUUGAACGAAAUGGGCUUCCGCUGUACCAGCAGAGCUACGAGGCGCCGCUUCGGGCCUGCGCGAACGCGGGCAAGUGGAAGGAGGCGUUUCAAAUGCUGGACGCGAUGCGGCGGGAUCGCCGGCCGGUGUCGCCGCCCGUCUACGCCCAAGCACUCGCUGCGCGUGUGGAGGCGACCACCUCGUGGACGGAGCUGCGACGUCUGCUUCGCGUGUCGGCGUUGACGGAUGAAGCGAGCACGAGUGUCGUGCUCUACCUGGCUGCGCUGCGUGCCUGCAUGCGCCAGGGCGAUUGGAAGCACUUCGCGGAGCUGAACCGCGAGAUGCGCGACCGCGACAUACCCGAGACGUUCGACAAGAUGCGCUUGCUAAUCGAGGCGGCGUAUCUGCAGGAGAAGUACCACAGCGUGCUGAUGCGCUUCGCACGUUUUGAAAACAUCACGCAGUACGAGCGACGUCGUGUCGUGAAGGACCAGCUGGUGCGGCUGUACACCGAGGACUUCGAGCUGCCGCCGCCUCUGCUGGAGAUGGUGCUGGAUUCUUAUGCGAAAGUCAAAGACUACAAGGACCCGAUGGUGGAGGCGGCCUACCAGGCCGCGCUGCGGCAUAAGGAGCGCCUGAGUGGUGCUCAAAGUCUGCCCGGGGAUCACACAGCUCCUGAGGAAUGGAUGUUCUCGCAGGCUGCACGAGAGACUCGUACGCCACCUCAGUUCCAUUAG